AUGGAUGCUCAACCUAAACUCAUCCCAAUCACAUUGAAGGGUGAUAACUACUUCUAUUGGACAAAGGCUGCUACGGCUGCUCUCACUAGCAGAGGUUUAUGGGAACAUAUUUCAUCGGAUCAACCGGCCUUUCCCCCACAAGAAGUGGCCAUUGAAGGAGAGACGCCGGAGCAGAUCCAAUUACGUCUCACACGCCAUCAACAAGCCGUGUUAGACUUCAACAAAUGGAAGCAACAAGACAGCCAAGCCUUGGUGAUUCUUCAAGGCUCGUUAGACCCCUAUAUCCUGCAGUCUUUUAUCUCUCACGGCACGACAAAAUCACUUUGGGAAGCCUUGCAGCGUGUUUACGGUAACCUUUCAAACGUUAGCCGUAUUUUUGAGUUGAAACGAAAACUGUUUCAUCUCCAGCAAAAUGAUCAACCCUUCAACAAGAUUCAAGGGGAUUUUUGUGCAUUAUGGGCUGAAUUAGAGGAGAUUAGGCCAACCUCGAUUGAUCCACACACAAUCAUGGAACGGGCUCAAGAGGACAAGGUUUUCUCCAUACUUUCAACUCUUAAUGCUUCUUUUAACGAUCUGAUUUAUCAUGUGUUAAGACAAGAUAAGCUGCCCCCUUUCGAAGAGUUGUGUAUGAUGAUCAAGAGGGAAGAAGGAGGUCGUAAUCUAUUCAGCGGUCCUCAUGAACUUGCACAUUACGUUCACAAGCCCUCGGCUCCACGGUCAUCCUCAAAGGAGAGGAGGAAUUUUUAUUGUGAACACUGCAAGCGACAAGGGCAUACAAGGGACCAGUGUUGGAUACUCAAUCCUCAUAUGAAACCAUCCCGCUACAAAGAACCACCACGACGUGGCUCUGCUAUGACCGCUGGACAUGACACUAUGCCAACCGAAAACAACAUAAGUCUCACAAAUGAUGAAUUGAAAGGGCUCAAACACCUUCUGCAAUCCAUCAACACAGAUUCUGGUAACUUUACUCGACAUUCUUCUAUCAUUAUUGAUUCGGGUGCCACAACCCAUAUGUUUUGUGAUUCUAGUUGGUUUGAACACAUUACACCGAGUCAUGGUGUUGUUUCGGUUGCAAACGGUAAGAGUGUUGCUAUUAAGGGGAUUGGUCCGAUUAAACUAUUUAAUCAUGAACUCAUGGCCUUAUACAUCCCAGAUUUUCAUGCUAAUCUUCUCUCUAUUUCUAAACUUGUUGAAGAUUCAACUUGCCGUGUCAUAUUCGAUACUAACGGUGUGUCAUUUCAGGAUAUUAACUCGGAUCGUGUUUUUGGCAAAGGAACACGUACGGGCAACCUCUUUUACCUUGAAGAUUCACAUUCUAGCUUUCUUUCUGUUUCACCUAGUGUGUGGCAUGCUCGGUUUGGACAUCCACAUGCUAAGGUUUUUCGUUUACUUGUUCCCCACGUUAAGACAUUUGAUCACUUUUGUGAGGCAUGGGAUGAAGCCUCCAUCCAUCCUAGUGACGCAUCCAAUGAGCUUACGGAUAAUGAUCUUGAGGGGGAACAACAGCUACCACCACCGCAUCACUCCAAUAAGGCUUUGGUACAUUGCGAUGAAAGAGUAGUGUCCGAGUGA